AGAAGGUGAUGCCAAUACGAGAUAUUUUCAUAAUUUGGUCAAGGAAAGAAGAAGGCAGCAAAAAAUCAACUCCUUAAAGGAUGAGCAAGGGAAGUUUCCAGAAGAUCCAACAAUUUUAGAAGAUAUGGUUACUUCCUACUACCAUAACCUGUUCAAUUUUGCUGAACCGAAUCCCUCUACAGUAUAUUAUGAUGGCUUCCUGGCAAACAUCCCUAAAAUUUUAGACCAUCAUCAUAAUCAAGAACUGAUGCUUUUACCCUCUGAAGAUGAGAUCAAAGCCAUCCUUUUUUAUAUGGAGUCUAACUCUUGUGCUGGUCCAGAUGGUUUUAAUGUGAAUUUCUUUAAGGAAUGCUGGGAUAUAGUUAAGAGAGAGGUAACUUCUGCCUGUCAAGAAGUCUUCUUGGGCAUUCCACUCCCCGUGGCUGCUGCAAGCACCAAUAUUUGUCUUAUUCCCAAAUGUGAUAAUGCAUCUAGACUGAAUGAUUUUAGGCUUGUGUGUUUAUCAACUGUUGCCUCUAAAAUUACAACAAAAUGCAUUGCCAAGAGACUUAGCAAGGUGCUUCCUUUGAUCAUCUCUGAAGAACAAGGGGCAUUUGUGGCUGAUAGGGAUAUCAUGGAGCAGAUUCUUCUCACAAAAGAAAUGGCACAUAACAUUGAUAGAAAAGCUGAGGGUGGCAACAUUAUCCUCAAGCUUGACAUGGCCAAAGCCUUCGAUAAGUUAAAGUGGUCUUAUCUCUUGGAUAUAUUUCCCAGAUUUGGUUUCUGUCACCAGUUCUUAAUUAUGAUCAAAAACCUCCUUCAUUCCUCUAAAUACUCCAUUCUUUUCAAUGGGAAACCUUGUAGUUUCUUUGGCCAAUCUAGAGGAAUCAAACAAGGUGACCCCUUAUCCCCCCUCCUCUUUAUUAUUGCUAAUGAAGGUUUCUCAAGGAACAUUAAUAAACUGUUCCACACUAGUUCUUUGGGUAGAUUCAACUGUGGCAGAAACAGCAUCCCUGUCACCCACUUGGCUUAUGCGGAUGACCUCAUUAUCUUCACCAAUGCUCAGCUCAGAUCUAUUUCCAAUUUGAAGACAUUCUUGGCCAAAUAUCAACAGGUCUCUGGUCAGACUAUUAACUCCUCUAAGAGCAGCUUCAUGGUUGGGAAGAAGUUUAAUACUAUGAGAAUUAGGAAGCUGGAACAACUCCUGACCAUGCCACACAGAAAGCUCCCUUUUACCUACCUGGGUAGCCCUAUCCACUCUAGCAUCACAAGGAAACACCAUUGUACACUUCUCAUUUCUUCCUUUGACAAGAAACUCAAUGGAUGGUAUCAAAAACACUUGGAUCAGGCAGGAAGAUUAAUCCUUAUUAAUCAUGUCCUCAAUACCAUUCAUAACUACUUUUUGACUGCAAACACUGUUCCUAAAUCCAUCAUCAACCUUCUUCAUCAAAAGAUGGCAAGGUUCUGGUGGGGUUGUGGUCAGAAGAAGCAUCAUUGGCUGAAGUGGGAAUCUCUUUCUUUACCAAAAGAGGAAGGUGAUAUUGGCACUAGAGACUUCCAAUCCUUGGAGGAGGCCUUUAGUCUCAAAUUAUGGUGGAAAUAUGAACAUAAUAACAGCCUCUGGGGGAGAUUCAUGAGGGCCAAAUAUCAUAGGCGGGGAGAGAUGGAAUGUCACUUAGUGGAUUCCCCUACCUGGACCAGGAUCACAAGGAUUAAUGUCAAAGCUCUCAAUCACUGCCAUACUACCGAGGAGGAAGCAUUUAUUUGGAAUGAGGACCCAUCUGGGCAGUUCACCCUUAAGAGUGCUUAUGAGGUUUGCAGGACUAAUUCUAGCCCUUCUCUUGCGUUUCAUAAUAUUUGGGAAUCCCCACAAAAGUCCAAAAUCAGCAUCUUUAUGUGGAAACUUUUACGCAAGUGCCUCUCGAUCCCUGAAAACCUUCGAAAGCUUGGGUUUGCUCUCCCUUCUGUUUGUCCUUUCUGCAUGAAUUCAAGCCUCACAGCAAAACAUUCCCUGAUUGAUUGUGCUAAGAUCGUGGAUAUUUGGAGACAUUAUGCUAGAUGCUUAAACUUCCUCCACACAGAAUCAUCUACUAUCAACCAACACUAUAUGAACUGGUGGUUGAGGGACACACCUAACCUUUAUGGGCUACUGCGUAAACAUCUGCCAGGGAUAAUCAUGUGGCACAUCUGGAAAAAGAUGAAUGAGAUCAUUAAUGGGAAAUGUUCUAAUUUUAGCACUUCAAGUCUUAUUAAUCAGAUUGAUUCGUAUACCAAACAAUGGUUGUCCAUCAAGACUCCCCGCAAACUUCACCAUUUUGACUCCUGGUUAUUCUCACAUAAUCUUAUACCCAGGUUCACAUCUCACAACUAUGUUCGCAUGGUUAAAUGGAAGGCACCUCCUACGGGUAGGCUUAAACUCAAUGUUGAUGCCUCCUAUACCACAACACAUAAAAGAUGUGCAGCUAUAUUAAGAGAUGCAGAAGGAAGACUGGUCCGUGGGGCCUCCUUCAAACUACACUCUAGGAGUGCCUACCAAGCUGAAGUGGAUGUCGCUAUUAAAGCAAUCAGAUGGGCCCUUUUAAUUUCCAAUUCUCUGAUUUAUGAGACUGAUGCUAAGUCUAUUAUUUCCAGGAUUCCAUUGUUCAAUAAAAAUUCAGUUUCCUCUUUCCCAAUUGACGUUUUGGGUCAACUCAUCCUUCAAAAUGGAACUCAAGUUUCUCACAUUUUACGGGAAGGGAAUUCUGCUGCGGAUGGUCUCGCAAAGGUGGACAGGACUUUAGAUUCCCCUCUCAAGGAAUACUGGCAUAUCAACCUUUGCCCUGAUGUUGUUAAAAAUAUUUUGUACCAUGAUUCCAAUUUCCCGGGAUUCUCUCAAACCCUAGGCUCGUCUCUUCCUCUCGCACGGUGCCGCCACCGUAGCUUCACCGACCGCCUCACGAUGGUCGCCCUUCUUCGAUCGACUCACGUCGGUCACCAGCCUUACCGCACCGGCUCUCAUCGGUUGCCACCUCAACCCUGGCUCACGUCGGCCGUGUAACCACCGCCUCACGUCGGUGCUUCGUGUUUCGUCCCCAUGACAACUGAAGGAACAAAGAAGGUCAGGCUCAUCCACGACCCUACCUCCCCGUACUACAUCCACCCAUCUGAAAGUGCGGGUAAUUCUUUGACGAAACAUCUUCUCAAAGGUGAUAAUUAUGAUAUUUGGGAGAAAACAAUUAUAAAUGCUCUCGAAGGGCGUAGCAGAGCAGGUUUUCU